GGAGUACAGAGUACCAGUGUCACAGUCAUCAUUGGAUAAAAGAGACCAUUUCACGUUGUUGUUGAUGCUGUAACUCGUCUCUUCUUGAGAUAAUUGUCUACAGCGUAACCUCAGGUCAUUGCGCCUUUUCUAUCCGCAUCUUAUCUUGUUUCGCCAAACUUUCUUUCCCCCUCUUGCCCCGCUCUCUUCUAUCCUCUAGGAUUGCAACCAAGGUUGGCAUCAAGCCCCCAUCAUGGCCAAUCAAAAGCAUGUGGUCUUCGACGUCGUCGGCACCUGCGUGUCAUUCAAUGCCUUCUACAGCGGCAUUGACCGUGUCAUUGGCGAGAAGCUAGCCGCCAAGCACAUCACAGCCAAUGCAUUCGGCUACACUUGGAUGACGGCAGCCGAGCUGGAGUUCACCUUUCUCUCCGUCUCUGAGCGCCAUCGUCCCUACAAGGAAGUCUUGCGCACCUUGUUCUACCGCACGCUGUUCAUGGUUGGCGUUGCGGCACCACGGGAACUCGUCACAGACGCAGAAAGGGAUGCUUGUGUCCAGGCAUAUUCGGACCUCGAGUUGCGACCGGGAGCAAAAGAGUGUUUUGCAAUAUUAAGAGACGCCGGCUUCACAGUCUGGUGUUUGACAACAGGCGAUACCAACCGUGUGGGCGGAUACUUUGAGCGCGCUGGCGUUGACAUGCCGCUGGAGAACCUCAUCAGCUGCGAUGGACAGGGCGUGGCCAAGCCAGCGUUGGCUGCAUACAAGCCAACCCUAGCCCGAUUCGCACCGGAUGAUAUCAAGUGGUUUGCUGCUGCUCACAUGUGGGACGUGUCUGCUGCAGUCAAAGUUGGCUUCCGGGGCGCUUAUUGCACCAUAUAUGAACAGGAUCCCUGCGCUGAGAUCUUCGACGCCCAGAUGGAGGUUAUGGCUGAUACACUACCAGAGAUGGCAAAGGGGAUUGUACAAGCAUCGCUUUAGUUCUUGUCUGUUUUACAUAAGCUCGAUCAACCUUAUUUUAAUAUAAAUCGCUUGCAGUGCCUAGUUGCCUCCAUGAGGUCCUGUAAUGAAUCGUCCAAGUAUUUCGGUCUCGGACUGGGUAAGCCAUCCAUCAGACGGAGAGAGAUUUUCAGUACCAAAGACGGGUAGUUGAAGCAGAGGAUCAGCCGUGGGGUCAUAAGCACUGAAAAAGUCCAUGCUGGACAGGGCC